AUGGAAGAAUCGGUCAUCACCCUCCAAGUCGCCCACUGGCUUGAGAAACUCCAUGCCUUGCUCACUUCAAUAGAAGAACUGCUAAACUAUCUCCCUCUAGUCUUAGACUGGCUCGGAGCAUCCAGUCUGUACCUCCUCAACCACCAAAACCACCCCGCGGCAUCUAUAAUCCUAGCCGCCAUACUCGCGACCCUCACCCUCGCCCAAGUCUCACGCUGGCUCGAAACCUCCGGCGUGUACCAUUCCUACGACGAGUCCCUAUUCAAAGGAACUGCCACUCUACUACGCGCAAUCUAUGCUCUCUUCAGCUGGAGCACCCUACAGGGUCUCUUCUUCAGCCGUGAAACAGACCGCGAAAGAGACCGUAGACUCCUAGACGACUGCGCCAGCAACGACCUCCUCCAACCAAGACGAUCGAACUCGACCUGCCGCAGGGUAGACUUCCCCCGCGCGCGGCUGAAACGCUUCAAAGACCAGUGGAAGGACAAGUCCUUCCCCGGCAGCAGCCAUCCCCCCUGGCCCCGCGAACAGCGCCUCGCGUGGGAGAGGAACGUACACAACCUAUACAUGGAGGCCCUGGUGCGCGACCACGACGCCCUGGAGAGUGAGCUGACGGAGCGAGACGCCAGCCUGGAGACUCUAAGAGGUGAGAUGGCGCAGCUGGAGCUGCGGAUCGAGCAGAACAGGAACUGGUACUGCAAGAUCUGGAACAACCACAAGCCGGGGGACGUGGUAGGCAGGGCGCCCAUGUCCCUGGCGAAGAUGGCGCUGAGGCAGACGGAUCUGUGGGAGGCCAUGUACAGGCAGAAUCUGAUGAGGAUGGGGGAGGAGUUGGAGACGGUGAGUCUUCAGCUGGAUAUGAUGACGGAGAAGAUGAUGGACAGCGAGCGGGCGUUGAAGGAGAAGGUUGCUGGUUUUUCGAAGGAGAGGGAAGUGCACAGGAUAGAGAGGGAGGAAGACCAGGCGUUGAUCGAAAAGUUGAGGCGUGAGUUGAAAGACAGCUUGGACCAGGGGAAAGUCGUGGGUCAGGGCGAGAGACUGGUGGAGGAUGGCAUUGCUGAAGAAAACCUUGAUGAGGAGGAGGAGGACGACGACGAGCGACAGAUAGCUGCGUCAGCGGGGAGGGUGAAACGCAAGACAUCGGAGGAAUCCAUCAGUUUCGAAAGCAAGCAACUAAGCGAGGAGCUAAUGGAUACUGAUAUCGACGACGACGAGAUUAUUUCUUGGGAAUAG